GGGCUUCUUUCAGUUUCCGUUUUACCAAAUCCACUGACGAGGUUUUCUGAUCGGCCUGGGGUUUAGUGGAAGACACUUUUCCAUGGUGCUACACAACGGGACUGAGCCCAGAACCAUGUGGUCGGGAAGCAAGGUUCUUAUCAUACAUCCAUAAAUGAUAAUGACCCCCAUUAGGACGGGUAUGGCGUCGGUGUUGACUGAGGUCGCUGAGUAUGUUACUCUGGGUCUUGUUACCAUUCUUCUAGUUUCGUCUUACGCUGGCGUUGACAGAUUACAUGUAUCAUAAAAAAGCAUUCAAGAUGUGACCACCUCGUGUUUUUAUUUUCGUUUAGAAACAGUGAAACACAAACCGCAUAAUCUAAUGUGUCCCAUUUUAUGAUGAUUGAAUGAGGGUUACAGGAAAAUUGUGCUGCAUAUAAAUGGAAGACCACGUAGAGGAUCCUUCACCUGGUUUUUGCAGAGUAGCUAAGAGACACACCAAGAAGAAGACCCAAUGAAAGAAAAAUUUGACCACGGCUGAAUUUGAACUCAAAGCAUGAAGACAAAAGACCUGCAGCCAAGCAUUUCAUCCGGUGUAUUAACAGUUCCGCCAUUUCGCAGCCUUAUCUUUACUGGUAAAACUAAAAAAUAUUGUUUCUUAAGGCUCAAAGCUAGUAGCUUUUAAGGUGCAACGAAUAGUUGAUUACAUCAACCCGCAGUAUUUGGCAGGAACAUUACUUUAUCGAACACAGAAGACUGAAAGACUGAGUUAAAAUUGGUUGCAUUUGAAAUUAGUAUGUAAAGUGCUGGCAGAAAUAUUGUAUGGCUUUACGUACGACACACUAACGGUUACGCUAAACCACCACCUGAUUUCCACAAGUAAUAUCUAUUUCUAACAGGUGUAAGGCCAGACAUUCUCAUUUGUGAUUUAUGUGAAUGUCGGUUUAAUAAAGCUAAGUACUUGCCUGUUACUAUACUUUAUAUUUUCUCCUUAAAUCGACUUCAAUAGAAAAUUGAAUACAGAACCUACGGGGUAAAUAAAUGUAUAUCAUGUCUGUAGUACACUACAGAGCCAACGGUCCUUAAUAUUACAAAUUCGUAAGGCGCUGUGCUGGCAGAAUCAUUAGUCUUGGGAGAUGUACUUAGCGAUAUUUCGUCCGUUUUUUCGUUCUGAGUUAAUAUUCUGCCGUGAACGGCUUUGUCUUUCAUCGUUCGGGGUCAAUAAUAUAAGUACCUUAUUUACAUUAUUUAAAUUUGACGGAUAUUUGUCCUCAUCUUGUGGAACCAAGAAGAAGAAACGAUGAAAGUCGAUCGCGGCGGAAUUUAUAAGUGAAUUUACAGCAAAGAAAAGAAAGACCCAACUCUGAAAACAGAGAGGAAGUUGUCACAGAUCUUGAUCAAGAACAAGGUUCACGUUACACAAGUGAAGUACAGACAACUGACUCAACACUACAGUAAACUACCACACAUGUACGGUCUACCUAAUAUUCACAAGGUUGGUAUUCCAUUAAGACCUAUAGUGAGCUGUAGAGGUUCAGCAUGUCAUCCACUGAGCCACUUCCUUGUCCAUUAGUAGAAAAGUCAACAUCAUAUGUGAAUAAUUCCACCCACUUCACAGAAUUGAUCAAAUACACCUCCCCAUUGGAUCCAACCAGAUGUAGGGUCUAGAUAUGAUAAGUCUGUUCACCAGAGUCCCAACUGGUGAAGCACUAUCGGGGAUUCAAGAGAAACUGGUGUCAGACACCCAUCUACAAGAACGCACUAGUAUACCAAUAAGAAACUUGAUGGAAACUUGACCUUCUAUGUAGAAACUACCUACUUCAGUAUGGACACUGAUAUAUAUCGACAAGAAGAGGGUUUGCCUAUGGGUUCGCCAUUAUCACCGAUAAUACCCAAUAUAUACAUGGAAUACUUUGAGAAUUUGGCUUUAGAAUCAACACCACUAAAACCAACCCUAUGGCUGCGAUAUGUUGAUGACACUUUUAUACUGUGACCCCACCAGGAAGAUAUCCAAGCGCUGUUAGAUCAUGUGAACUCAAUACAGCCAUCCAUACAGUUCACAAUGGAAAAAGAAAAAGACAAUCAAUUAGCAUUCCUCGACGUAUUAAUAACACGCACCAACUAUGGAUUCAGGACACCCGUAUACCGCAAGUCGCCCUUCCCUGAACGAUAUCUUAACUUCAAUUUCCACCAUCCAUACAGUAUAAAGAGAGGGAUUGCUCAGUGCCUAAAAUAUCGAGCAAAAGAUAUAAGUUCCGAUCGUGAUACCCACCACAAAGAAAUGAUCAAGCUCAGUAACAAUCUAUUAAGAAACAACUACCCCAAUUAUGAAGAAUCCUCUCCAAUUCUGAAGAAAAGAGACGAUGAAACCAAUAAACUGUCCACAGUCUGUCUACUCUAUGUGAAAGACCAUUCCGAGAAAGUACAAAUGAUAUUCGGCCCAUAUGACAUCAGGACGGUAUUCAAGAGUAAUACAACACGUCACACAUAUCUCCUUCGAGUAAAACGACCAAUAGCCGAGAAUAUGACCAAAUAUUGCGUGUACUCCAUCUCAUGCAGUUGUGGUAGGUUAUACAAAAGCCAAACAUGCUGCCCCCUCAAAAUAAGGGUAGAGGAACAUCGUAAAGCUGUGACACGAAGAGAUAUUGAUAAAUCGGUUAUAGCUGAUCAUGUAUGGAAAAAUGGAGACCACCUCCCACUGUGGGAUGAAGUUAAAAUAUUAGAGAAUACCACUGGAAAACACGAAAACUAAAAGAAGCAGCACAUAUGCUAGGACACAACAACCUACUAAGUAGACCGAGUGCAAAUAUGAAUAGCAUAUGGGAAGGACAUGAAAAUAUUAGAUUUAUAAGCUCUAAAAUUCACUCCUUAAUUGCCCAAGGGCAUACAGCGUAGUGGUUAAGAGCGCGAGCUUACCCCAAGAUUCCAGACAGUGACCUGAAUAAUAAUAAUAACAACAACAACAUCAAAAAAUACCUUAGGUUCGAAGU